UUUUUUGAUGUUGUGAUGUAUAAAUGAAAUACUCAACGCUUGAUUUCUCGCGCUCCGGCAUGAAAUUGCCGGUUCUGGACAUUAAUUAUCCUUCAGUUUUUCAACAGCAACGGCUACCAUCUCUUAAUUUAAAUCUACUCAAAUCCAUUACACUUCUAUUAACUUAUUGUUGGCUUAUUGCUACAUCAGCAUCCGCGAGUGAAAGGCCAACACUUUAUGCACCAGGAGAUAAUGUUUUGGAAUUGGACAUUAAUACCUUUAAUAGAAGUGUUUAUAAUAAGCCAACAGCAUUCUUUGUGGAAUUCUAUUCUAGUUGGUGUGGUCACUGUAUAGAAUAUAAACCGUUAUAUGUCAAAAUUGCAACUUCAAUGAAAAGAUGGAGAAAAGUUGUGGUUGUUGCAGUACUCAAUUGUGCUGAUGAAGUUAAUGCCCCAGUUUGUCGGGAACAUGCAAUUGACGCAUUUCCUUCGCUCAAAUAUUUUCAUGUUAAUUCAAAAAAUAAAGAUGAUUCAAUUAAUUUCAAAGAUGAUAAAAGAAAUGUAUUGCUUGUAACACAAAGGAUUAGUGAAUAUGCAAAAGGAGACUUUGAUAAGGGCCUUGCACCUCAUUCAUGGCCUAAAUUGGAAUUUGAGAGCGAUAUUAAAACUCUUAUUGACUUGUGGAAGGGUCUCGAUUCGUCUGUCAACUUUUUAUCAAUAAUUGUAGACAAGGAAACAGCUUUGAACGCUUUUUCGUUGAUAAUAAAUUAUGCGGCGGAUAAUCGUAUUCGUCUAAAUUUAUGCUCAAUUACACAUCCAAUUGUUAAAGGUUUGAGUGAUCAAAAUAUUCAAACUCCUGGAUUAGUUAUUUUUGAGAGGAGUAAAAAUGUACCUGUUUUUAUUUCAAGUGACCCUUACAAAUCUUGGCUUGAAAUGCAAGAUAAAUUGGAUGAAUUUCUUGCACCAUAUCCAAAAUUACCUGAAAUUCCUUUGGAGACAUUUAAAGAUUCACCAAUUAAUGAUGCCGAAAGAAAAGAAGCCGAAUCAAUUGAAGUGAAUUGGAAGCAGUUUGAAUCAUUUAUCCAUCUAAUGAGACGACACGGCCCCGGAUCAGUACCUGUUCGUCGCCUUUUCUUUCGUUUGGAUAGCUGGCUUCGGGCACAACACCAACCAGUGAUUUCUACUGAAAAAUAUUUGUCAAAGGUUGAGCAAUUUCAGACAGAACUUGGUCAUCCAAUACCGGCUAAUGUUUCUUAUCUUGCUUGUCGAGGUUCAAAAUCUCACUUGCGUGGUUUUACUUGUGGCCUUUGGACUAUUUUUCAUAUUUUAACUGUUAGAGCUUACAAAGAAAGAAAAGAUGAUUCAAAAUUUGAUCCUGUUAAAGAAGUACUUGAACCAAUUCAUCAAUUUAUAGUGCAAUUUUUGAGUUGUGAAGUUUGCUCAAAAAAUUUUGAUAAAAUGGCUAAAGAAGAUGGCCUUUUGAAUGUACACAAACCCGAAGACGUUGUAUUAUGGUUAUGGCGUGGUCAUAAUAAAGUAAAUAAAAGAUUGAAGGGAGAGCCUAGCGAAGAUCCAAUGUUUCCUAAACAACAAUUUCCGCCAGAAAGUAUUUGUGGAGAUUGUAGAAAUUCUGAUGGAAGUUUUAAUGAAGAGAAAGUUUUAAAAUUUUUAUUGAAUUAUUAUAAUGAUGUCAAAAUUGAUAAAUAUAAGGCUCCAGCAUACAAAGUUAGUGAAUUUUCGGAUGGUAAACUUGAUAAGGUUGCAGAACGUAGAUUAAAUCCAAAAUUCGAUCCUAUGGCUGGAAAGGUUGACAAAUUGGAAGAAAUUGAAGCAAAAAUACGUGAACAAGAGGAUAAAAUGAUUGGUGGUUGGAAUGCCGCGGACGAUGAAUUUAGAGUUGUUUCUGAUCAUCACUUCCAUCAUUUUGUUUGGUUAUCAUUUAUUGCCAUUGGAUUAAUGAUUUUCUACUUCCAAUAUCGGCGGAAUAGAUCAAAGUUUUGGAAAACAUUUUACUACUAUAAUGACUACAAAGUGUAG